GAUGAAACGUGACGUAACAUGGUAAAACAGGAAGUGAAUACGACUGAAGCUUUUGUUUUCGAUUCUUUUCACUGAACCAGGCAUGUUUGACAGGUUUCAUUUGAACUGACACAGAAAUGAGUGACCUCCCUGUAAACCCUCUGGUUCUGAUCGGUGUCGGCUCCAGCUUUGCCUUCUCCGGCCUGUUUUAUCAUUUAUACCAGGAGAAGAAGAAAGAAUUAGACAAGCUAAAGGAAAUCCCCAUUUUCAGACCAGAUCAGCAUUUGGUCAAAGUACUGAAAGCAACUCCCCACAGGCGGCUCCAGUAUGUUGCUGUUGAAGGUCUGGUCCAGGCGGACGGGGAGCCUUUGGCCAGCAAGUUUGUCCCUCGAUCCUUCGGUGUGGUUCAGAAGAUCGCAGUGCAGGAACACUGGAAAUACUGGAACUCUCUCACCAGGACGUGGAACUCACGGACAAUGAACAGAAGAGAGACCAGCAACUCUGUGCCUUUCAGUCUGAUCAGCCCCGGAGCCUACAUCACUGACUUCUAUGUGAAGGUGCAGAAUCCCCUGGAGGCCUCUGGGUGCUACCUGGAGAGGGUUUACCACAAAGUGCGACCGGCUGAGAAGAAUUUGGCGAACGUGGCGCUGCAGGGCCUGAGUGGGGAGAAACCUGUGGCGAUGGAGGAGAGCGAGGAGCUGCUACGAGUAGGAAGCACCCUGACCGGGUUUGGGGAGGUGGUGCUGGAGGGAGGCGAGGUGAUGAGGCUUCGGGCCCCCCAGGACGGCCGAUCCUUCGUCCUGGUGCCUGGAAAUCACCGGAGCUUCAUGGAAAGACAUGAGGCAACGGCCAGCAUGUGGAAGACACUGACUGCUGUUACAGGCCUCACAGGAGCUGCUGUUCUCGCUGGCGUCAUUUACGACUUACUGGGGAGACGCGACGACAGAUCCAAGUAGACCAAUGGAGGAGGAUCCUGCAGGUUUGUCAGCUGGAAAAGCUGCAUCGCUGCCUUGAGGUGACCAAACGCAGCCUCAGGAGAUUCUAGAAAACCGUCUUAAUGCCAGUCUGAUUCAUUUGCUCUCACAGGCAGCAUCUUGUCAAACUGUAUCUAAGCCUUUUUUGGACAUCAGGGAAACUGAAGACAUAAAUUUACAAAGUAGAAAGCAGCUUUUCUGAAAACAUUGACAUUUUAGACCAUGACAUUGAUUUAAAAAAAAUGUUUAAAAAAGACAACAAAUGAGAACACACAAGAGCAAAUGAGGAAAACCAACUCAGAAACUAAAGCACUUACAUACUUUCUACAUUGCUGCUUUCUAAAAUGUAUUUUGUGCCUCUAAGCUGCUGAACUUGAUGCACCUUCUUAAAGAUCUGCAAUUGCUACUGUUCUGUCAGUUUAGUUUGACAAAGAUAAGACGGUCUGCAGACAGCCUGCUUAGAGAGGCUUGAAUUGAGUUUAAAUCCAGAUUGCUUACACAUACAAAAUCAUAUAAAUCUGAUCAUGUAGCUUCUAUCCUGUCACUAAAUCAUUUCUUCUUCCAUCCCUGAGCCUGAAAUGUUGUGAGAAGUCUGUGGUGUGAGAUGAAAGAACUGUGAUCAAGGGAACAUGUUAUUUUUGUAAUGUGAUUGUACAUUUUCUUUAAUUUGAAAGUUUAGGGCAUGAUGUAGCGUCACACAUCCAGCCGAGCUUUUGUUCUGAUCUUUGCUUUUACUGAGUCUGAUAAAGGAACUUACAGAAUUGUUGUUCCAUCUCUGUAAGUGUUCCAAGUUGAACUUGAAAUCCAGCUUCACUGUGAUUAAGACUGCAUUUUGGAGUGUAUUUGGACUAUUUUUUUUACGUACGCACAAUCAGUGUUCAGUAUGUAUCUGAGAAAACUGUACACAAUCAUUUUUUAAGGUGGUGGAUUUAGUCUUGCAACUUUAUAAGUAAUAAAAGCAGCAGUUUCAUUUUGA